AUGGCAGCCCCUCUACACCCAGCAACCACUGUCACCAAUAUUAAAUCUCUCAUCCCCGUCACACUUGAGAUGAACAGCAGCCAGUAUGUCUCCUGGCGACUACUUUUCAUAACUCAUUGUCGUGCUCACGAAGUCAUCGACCACAUCAUCCCCUCUCCCACCGACUCUAAUGACGCCUCUCCCGACAAGCCGAACUCUUCAUGCAAGGCUGCUGAAAAACCCGCCAACUGGGAUCGUAUUGAUUCGAUUGUGCUUCAAUGGUUGUAUGCACCUAUAUCAACCGACCUCCUACAGACUAUUCUAAAGUCAGAUACCACAGCGCAACGUGCAUGGGAAACACUAGAGAAGAUUUUUCAUGAUAAUGCAAAUCAACUGGUGAAUGUUAGCUCCCUUGUCUCCGAAAAGCGAUUGGUUCUUCAGGUUAUUGCUGGUCUCAACGACCGCUUUAGCACGGUUGCGUCCAUCAUUCAACAAACCAACCCGUUGCCAGAUUUUUAUGGUGCCCGAUCACAGUUACUUAUGGAAGAAUCUCGUCAAGCAAAUCAAGGUUCAUCUGAGUCGGCUUUUAUUGCUACACCCCCAGCACCACCGGCUCCCCCUGCACCCCCGGCUGCCUGA